AUGCUGGAGAAGGAGAACGACAUACUGACAGUUAUGAGAUACAUGUCUCAAGAGCAAGAGAAUGAGGCAUUGGACACCACUCUUGGGGCGGGUGUUAACAAGAAGGGCUUCGUGGCUUUGAUUAAGGACCUGAAGUAUAGGUUCAAGAUUAGAAUUCUGGUUCUUCUGGAGACCAAAAUUAGUGGAAUGAAGGUUGAUGCUAAGAUCAAGCAGCUUGGCUUCAGUAACUCUUUUCGCCAAGAGGCUGUGGGGUACUCAGGUGGUAUCUGGAUCUUGUGGGACGAUGCUGAGGUGUCUAUCCAAGUGAUCCAAUCGGAUCACCAGUUCGUCCAUGCAAGAGUUUUACACAAAUCCCUUUCGGUCGAGGAACUUGUUACCUUCAUGUAUGCUAGUCCCAGACAUAUAGAAAGACUUCACAUGUGGGAGGAGCUCUGUGUGCUGGCCUCAUCAAUCAACAAUGAAGCUUGGAUGGUGCUGGGAGACUUCAACGCCAUGAUCCUUAACACCGAGAAAAAGAGAGGAGGUGAUUUCUGCUGGAGAAGUGACUCGGAGUUCAAGGAUUGCCUAGACUAUUGCCUUGUCAAGGAUAUAGGCUUUUCUGGACCGUAUUCUACUUGGAAAAGGAACUCUUUAUAUGAAAGGCUUGAUAGAGUUUGUGUUAAUGAUCAAUGGAAUCUUGCGUGGCCUGAGAGGGAUGUGACACAUCUCCCUUUUUUCUCGUUAGAUCACUGUCCCAUUCUCUUGACCCACAAGAGUUACUCAGAUGAUUCCAAUGGAGCCAAGCCAUUCAGAUUUUUAGCCCCAUGGUUAACAACUGAAGGGUUUAAUGAUAUUGUGUCCAGGUGCUGGGAUUCGACGGAGCAUUGGUUAGAAGCUAGAGAUAGGUUCCAAGAAGAGGUCCUAGCCUGGCAUAAUAACUACUUUAGAAGCACUCAAAAGCAGAAGAACAGGUUACAUGCUCAUAUCAGGGGGAUUGAAAUUUCUCUUAUGAGCAGGUAUGAUCAUAACUUGGAUAUGCUUCUCAGGUCCCUAUGGAAAGAGCUGGAAAGUAUUCUCAUCAGAGAAGAACUCAACUGGUUUCAGAGAUCUAGAUGUGACUGGAUAAAACUCGGUGACAGGAAUACAAAGUUCUAUCACUCUAACACUGUGGCCAAGAGAAGAAGGAACGAGAUCCUGACUUUGAAGAAUGAGAAUGGGGAGUGGCUGGCUGAUCCCAAAUAG